UCAAACACACUCACGUUUUGCGUCACCAACAGGUGCUAGCUGUGUCUAGCUAACAUGCUAAAUUAAAAUGAUGUGCAAUGGGGGACCCUCCAGAGGUGAUUUCCGCUUUCACGGAUACUUCGCCGUUUGUGACUGUUCAUCUGUGACAGCGAGGCUGAGUGGACUCGUUCUACAGUAUAAUGCUCUGAGAAACCAUAGACAUAAGUGAGAAACGAGCAGAGAUGUUGAACCCGGAGCAGAGUGGGGAGGACUUUGCGAGACUUUGCGGUACUCAAGACUCAUGUCGUUCCGACAGACGUUCUGUGAGUGUGUGCCCAGCUCCUCCCAGCUCAAACAUCGCUGGUCAGACUCAGAAACUGCCAGGGAGACCCCGGCCAAGAGGAUGAGCUGCAGCUACCUGCUCUGCACUAUCCUGCUCUUUGUGGCUGUUUUGCUGGCUGUCACUGUAACUGGCACCAUCCUUUUUAUGAAUCACUACCAAGCCCCACCAAUGUCUGAUGGCCUACCCCACAUCUCGACCAAUCAGGAUGAAGCCAAUGCCCUGGUCACCGUUGAGAGAGGCGAUGGCUCUCGUAUCAACAUCUUCAUCGACCCAAACUGUCCCGACUACAACAGUAACUUUUUGCGCCUGGAGGGUGUGCAGACGUCACUCCUCCACUCACUAACCGACCACGACUCUGACCUGAAGUCCGUGAAAGGCCAGGAUCGGGCUCUUCUUGUCAGUCUGGCUGAGGAGGUGGCCAAGCUGUCAGCCCACGCGGGGCAACUGAAAAUGGACUAUGAAUCCUUACGCAGGGGGCAGGGCAGCCUGGGGCAAGACCUCAACACACUGCAGACGGAGCAGGGACGCCUCAUACAGCUGCUGUCAGACAGUCAAAUCAACAUGGUGAAGGUAGUGAACUCAGUGAGUGAUGCUCUUAACGCCAUGCAGAAGGAGAACGUGGGCCUGAAGGCGCGUGUCAAGGCCGACUUGCAGAGGGCACCAGUCAGAGGGGCCCGUUUCAAGGGCUGCGCCAAUGGCUCGCGUCCCCGUGACUGUGGUGAUCUGUACGCCAGUGGUCAAAGAGAGGACGGCAUCUACUCAGUGUUUCCUGUUCACCACCCCGCAGGCUUCCAGGUCUACUGUGACAUGACCACAGAUGGAGGAGGCUGGACGGUGAUCCAGCGCAGGGAGGAUGGCUCAGUAAACUUCUUCAGAGCCUGGGAGUCCUAUCGUGAGGGAUUUGGCAAGAUCACCGGUGAACACUGGCUGGGGCUGAAGCAGAUCCAUGCCCUGUCCAUCCAGGGGAACUAUGAGCUACGUAUCGACUUGGAGGACUUUGAAAAUAGCACCGCUUAUGCCCAGUAUGGAACCUUUGGAGUGGGCCUCUUCUCAGUAGACCCUGAUGAUGAUGGAUAUCCUUUGACUGUGGGAGACUAUUCUGGCAAUGCAGGUGACUCUCUGCUGAAGCACAAUGGGAUGAAGUUCACCACCAAAGACCGGGAUAACGACCACUCGGAGAACAACUGCGCCUCCUUCUACCACGGUGCCUGGUGGUACCGUAACUGCCACACCUCCAACCUUAACGGCCAGUACCUGCGCGGCCAACACACCUCCUACGCCGAUGGCAUCGAGUGGUCCUCCUGGACUGGCUGGCAGUACUCCCUCAAGUUCUCCGAGAUGAAGAUACGACCUACCCGCGAUCCAGAGAAUAAAUAAGAUAGACGAGGAGAAAGGAGGGAAAAAAAGAAGACGUUUUUUAAAACAUUACAAACCACAAUUUCUGACAGCUAGGCGGAGUUACUUGUCCUGAUAUUGUUUAUUC